AUGGCUGACAGCUACAAAGACAUGGAGAAAAAGGAGGAGUACACAAGGAGUGAUAGAGAAGCAGCUGAAAAACUAGGUCUUAUGGAGAAUGAUGCAAGCAUUCGUGAUUGUUUGCAUGAAGCAUCAAACUCUAAAAUGCCAUCAUCAUUUAGAAGAUUGUUUAUCACGUUGUUGGUUUAUUGUCAACCAACUGGGGUUCGAUCUCUAUGGGAUGAAUUUUAUCAUUACAUGGCUGAAGACUACUUAUAUUCAACUUCAACAAAUUCAGAUCUGGUAUGUGAUUCAGUUCUCUAUGACAUCGAUCGCAUGUUAAAACAAUUAGCACCAGUAUCUUUUAAAGAUGUACAUUGUGCCGAGCAUCUUAAUGACGACCAACAGUCUUCAUUUGAUAUCAUUGUGGAAACUAUUGAUGUAGAGAAUGGUCGAAUUUUCUUUAUAGAUGGUCCAGGUGGGACAGGUAAGACUUAUCUAUAUCGAACCAUACUUGCAACAGUCAAGCUUAAAAGGAAAUUUGGAUUACCGGUAGCCAGCUCAGGUAUUGGUGCCACACUAUUACAUCGAGGAAAAACCGCUCAUAACACUCUUGGUAUUCCGGUACGCUGCAUGCUUCGUCAACUUGGAAGUUUAGUAAACAAGAUGGAACAAUUGGUCAAGUAUGCAGCUGCCAUAAUAUGGGAUGAAGCAACAACGACUCAUCGACAUGCGUAUGAAGCAAAUGAUCGUAGUUUAAGAGAUCUAACAGGGGUUGAUGUUCCAUUUGGCGGCAAGGUCGUAGUGUUUGGUGGAGAUUUUAUACAAAUUUUACCCGUUGUACCAAAAGGAACAAAGGCUCAAACUAUAGAUGCGUGUUUGGUCAGGUCAACACUAUGGAGACAUGUUCAGCUACUUCAUCUCACUCAAAAUAUGAAAUCAAUACAUGAUCCAGAAUUUGCAGCUUUUCUUUUAAGAGUUGGAGAUGGAUGUGAGCCUACAGUUGAUGAAGACGUGAUAAAGUUACCAUAUUCAAUAUGUGUAGGAAAUGGUGAUCAAAUUACAGUUGAUAAUCUAAUCCAUCAAAUAUUCCCAAACCUAACUGAGUACGUAGGUGAUGUGUCAUACAUGGUACACAAAGCCAUUAUAACUCUAACAAAUGAUGAAGUUGACAUGAUGAAUGAGAAGAUACUUAAAGAGUUUGUCGGAGAAGAAAAAAUCUACUACUCAUGUGACUCAUUCCAGAAGAUCGUCAAAAUCUCUAUUAACAGGAGUUCUUGA